AUGAGACCAGAGUUCAAAGGCAAUCUGACCCAAUCAGCAAUCCAUCAACUCUAUAUGAAAAGCAAGAAGCCAGGCAUAGAAAAAGAAGAAACAGCAGAGGGAAAGAGGUGGAUCACACAAUCAAAAAAGCACCAAGAGAGAAACCUGUUUCAAUUGUGGAGCAAAGCCUGUACAUCCAAGAAGUCAAUGGCCUGUUACGCAAAGUGUGGAAAAAAGGGACAUUUUGUUUGCAAGUCCAAAAGAGGAGGGAAUGUUAACGAGUUACAAACCCAAUUCAAUUCAAUUCAAUUUUAUUAUUCACACUUUAUAAAAUAUUAACAUUAUAUAUAGUAGGGUAAAAAUACACUAAUGAAGUAGAAGAAGAAGGGAAAAAAAAGAAAAUUAAUGGCUUGGGUAGAAGUGUACGGUGGUCAGAGGAGCUUAGCUUUCGAGCUAACUACCGCUAUUGGAAAUACAUAACCCAGCCUGUCGAUGCGCCCUCAAACGAAGACAGCGCGGCGGAAGACUAUACGUAA